AUAUUGUCUUGCCAAAAUACUGGAAUCUUGAAGCCACGUCAGCACCUUGUCCCCGGCGGAGCCCGGACCAAACUCCUCCCUAGCUCCGCCGGCGCGAUCUCCUCCGCCUCCCCUCGCGUCUUGGGUCGAGGCCCAGGCUUGAAAAAUCUCGAUCGCCCUUCGUGCUCCCUGCCGUCUCGGCCCCUAAACGACGCUUCACGCAGGAUUCGAUGAGGCUCAUGUCCAGGAAGCGACACAGGCAGCGCUGCCGCCGGCGAAUCCGAGACCGUGGACCGGUUGCUUUGGUGGCUAAAAGAAGGAGUCUGCGCUGCCAGCAAGAUGAUAACUAUCAUGUUGACAGAGGAAUAUCUUGUCCCGAUCUUCCAGAGGAUAUCUUGCGGCAUAUUCAUGCCAAAAUGACACUUAGAGAUGCUGCUCGUGCUGCUUGCGCAUCGCACACAUUCCGACACAACUGGAUAUGCCGUCCCAACCUUACAUUCAGUCUGGGAACACUUGGCUUGAAUAGAAAUGCGUCUAGGGAUGUAAUAACAAGAGAUCUUAUCAGCAAAAUUGACCUGAUUAUGCAAAAUCACUCAUGCAUCGGCGUGAAGACACUAGACAUUGAUCUCUAUAGUUGUGACAACAUCGACUUCGCCUAUCUUGAUAGUUGGCUUCGUAUUGCUGUUACUCCAGGGAUUGAAGAACUGAUCCUGACGCUGCCUCUACCCACCAUUGUUUUCGAGAAUGCUGUACCCAUCAUUUCAGAGUAUAACUUCCCUUGUUCACUAUUAUCUAACGGGAGUGGAAACUCAAUUCAAUAUCUCAACCUAUGUUACUGUACCUUGCGUCCCACGGCUGGUCUUGGUUGCCUAAGAAGCCUGACAAGACUGCAUAUGAGUUGCACGCGGAUUACUGGGGAUGAAUUAUGGUGUCUCCUUUCCAAUUCUCCCGCUUUGAUGUGCUUGAAACUCCUGCACUGCGAGGAGAUAAUUUCCUUGAAGAUACCUUCUCUGCUGCAGCGUCUCCUUUUUCUGGAGGUGGCCUAUUGCGAUAGGCUGCAGGUGGUAGAGAGCAAUGCUCCAAAUCUCACCACUUUUUACUUCGCAGGUUUCCUAGGUCAAAUCUCACUUGGGGGCUCACUGCAAGUGAAAACCCUACGCAUGAUAUGCUUCCGCCAGACCAACAUUGUCUGGUAUGCUCGGCAAAAUCUUUUGUCUAUUGCGCCAAAUGUUGAAACACUUACCAUAUCAUCACUGAAUGAGAUGGUGAACACACCGAUGCUAUCUAGCAAGUUUCUCCACCUCAAGCUCUUGCAGAUUUCAUUAGUGGGAAUGGCUUUUUCCGGAGCUUAUGAUUAUCUUUCUCUGGUUUCUUUUCUCGAUGCUUCUCCUUGCUUGGAGAAUUUCGUAGUAGCUAUAUCCCAGCAUCGCAUGGAGCAUGCUUCGAUUCUCGGAGAGCCCUCACAUGAUCUGAGGCAGAUCCCGCAGCAGCGCCAUGACAAGCUCAAGAGUGUGACGAUCACUGGCUUUUGCUCGGCAAAGAGCUUGGUUGAGCUAACAUGUCAUAUCCUCGAGAAUACAACAUCACUCGACUGCCUUACGCUGGACACCACAUUUCAUCCUAGUUGCUCUGUCAUGAAAGUUGACAAGUGUCACCCCCUCAUCCUCAUGGAUGGGGAUAGCCUCGUGGAGGCACAGAAAGCGCUCUUGGCCAUCAGAAAAUACGUUGUUGGGAAAGUCCCCCCUAUGGUCAAGUUAAAUAUCGUGGAGCCUUGCAGCCGAUGUCAUACUGUUGAAUCUUUGGUCUCAAUGGCCAGUUCUUCGUAAUUGUGCAGUUCAUGCAGCUUGGUUAAUUCAUGCAGUCACCCUUGCAAGUUGGAAAACAUGCAACGUUUUACAAGGAGCAUUGCUAUGCAUACGGCGAUUUCCAUAUAUAGGACACUGUAGAUCGAACCGUCCCUGUGUCGGAACAAGCUGCAAGGCACCAUCCGAUCAGGCCUCGUACAAGAUCGUAUCACCAGGCAUCGUACGUGAGAAGUUCUGUUUUACAAGUUCUAAUUCGGACCAAGCGAGAAGAAAAAUCUAAGAAUCAGUGAUCAGACAAGCAUGCCUGCUAGUUUGUUCCAAUGCACAGCGAAAUAAGACGAGAUUGUAAGGAUAAAAAGGUCGGACAAGCACACCUGCUGGUUGUUGGCCUUUAUUUCAGUCAAUUUUUCAGAAACAGAAAAAUAAUAGACCAGAAAUGGCCACAGGAUCCUCAUCGUAUAGCCAACAAAAUGUUUCUAAAAUUUGUUCACUUCCUACACAACAGAGACACCACAUUCAGAAUCCUCAUCAUCUCGACAACUGGCAGCGUGUAGGUCUGAUAUUUCCAGAUUCAACUAUGGCCUAAUUAUCUUCGUCCCCAAAUGCAAGGAAGCCAAGAGACUAAAUAAAAAUCACCCCAUUUGUUUA